AUGAGCGACUUUCUCGCGUUCCACGGACUCAGCGAUGUGCUCAUCGGCCCCUUGCAUUGGCAGAAAGUCAAGUACUACAUUCCUUCCACCGCGUGGAUACCCGAAUACUCCUUACCGCUGCUUGGGGGAGAUAUCCUUGGAGGACUGACCGUCGCGUCCAUGCUCAUACCUCAGUCCGUGUCUUACGCCUCAUCAUUAGCAAAGCUCAGCCCUGUGACCGGUCUCUUUUCGGCGGCUGUGCCGGGCAUAGUGUAUGCCUUUCUCGGCACUUCACGUCAGCUGAACGUUGCUCCGGAGGCUGCGCUGUCCCUGCUUGUCGGGCAAGCUGUCAGCGAUGUGCUGCACUCAGACCCUCAUUCUCAUCCGGUAGACCCAGAUGCUGUUGGUCUGGCUGUGGCCACCAUCAUUACCUUCCAGGUCGGGCUUAUUAGUUUCUUGCUUGGAAUCUUCCGGCUAGGAUUCCUCGACGUUGUACUCGGUCGUGCGCUGCUACGCGGUUUCGUGACCGCUGUCGCUGUGGUCAUCAUGAUCGAGCAGCUGAUACCCAUGUUUGGGUUAGUCUCACUGCAACACGCUCUGAACCCACAUUCGACACUGGACAAGCUCAUUUUUCUCAUUGACAACGCUUUCACGCAUGCCCAUCACCUGACGACGGUCGUGAGCUUCGGCGCGCUCGCGAUCCUCGUACUUCUUAGGAAGAUCAAGCAGUGUUUCCCCAGGUAUUGGUUCAUCUACCGGCUUCCCGAGGUCUUUUUGGUCGUUGUGGUCUCCACUAUUCUGAGCGACAAGUUCGACUGGGACCGAGACGGUAUCGAGAUCCUGGGAGAUGUCCCUGUCCAAACUGGCGACUCGUUCAUCCAUUUCCCUGUGCGUCACGCCACCCUCCGUUACCUCCGCAAGACAACCUCUACAGCAGUUCUGAUAUCGGUUGUCGGGUUCCUGGACAGCAUCGUGUCAGCCAAGCAAAAUGCCGCAAAGUACGGAUACAGUAUCAGUCCCAAUAGGGAGCUGGUCGCCCUGGGAGCGGGAAAUAUUGUGGCUUCGUUCAUCCCUGGAACCUUGCCAGCGUAUGGGUCUAUCACGAGAUCUAGAGUUAAUGGUGAUGUCGGUGCCCGCACGCAGAUGGCUUCGCUAGUCUGUUCGACCAUGGUCCUACUCGCCAUCUUCUUUCUGUUGCCUUGGCUGUACUUCUUGCCAAAAUGCGUGCUAGCCUCUAUUAUCUGUCUAAUAGUGUUUAGCCUCCUCGCAGAAGCUCCGCAUGACAUCAAGUUCUUUUGGAAGAUGCGUGCAUGGGUGGACUUGUCGCUUAUGGCCUUGACGUUCUUCUUCACGAUCAUCUGGGACGUCGAGGUCGGGAUCGCGGUCAGCUUGGUCAUCUCUCUGCUGCUUGUGGUCCAUCGUUCGUCUAAGACGCGCAUGACCGUUCUCGGGAGGGUUCCGGGGACCGAUGUAUGGAAGCCCAUUGGCGAGGAGUCCACAGCGGAAGAGGAUGUUCCCGGAGUACUCAUCAUCAGGAUCAGGGAGAAUCUGGACUUCGCCAAUACUGCGCAGUUGAAAGAGCGUCUGAGGAGAAUAGAGCUGUACGGCCAAGAACGGCAUCAUCCCUCGGAGGAGCCUCAGCGUCAGCAUGCGCACACACUCGUCUUCCACCUUGCAGACAUGGACAGCAUCGAUGCGUCGGCGAUCCAGAUCCUGCACGAGCUGGUUGAGACCUACCACGCGCGGGGCGUCGCGAUCUACAUUACCCAUCUGAAGAGAGGCCCGCGGAAGAAGUUCGAGCAAGCUGGAUUCGUGGAGCUUCUUGGCGAAGAAGCGUUCUGCAAGGAUGUAUCGUCUGCGAUGGCGCGCAUCGAGGGUGGUUCGGCACGGCGAUAAGCAUUCCCACAUUUAUUUCCAAGAGUUCCGGUAGUUGGGUAAGACACAGUUAAUCUGUAUGCAACUGCGAUGUUGAUGUCGUCCCUGCUGAGUUUUUGGUGUAUUCCUGUAGGUUUUUUAGGACCGCAGAUUUGUAUUCGUUAUGACACACAUGUGAGUAGUUACAUCCCGGUCGUAAGAUUGUAAUCCCGUGCAUGUCUGCACCCUCAACACCCUUCGACUAUUCCCCGUGAAUAUCAUGCGUGCACUACGGGUCAGAAGGGC